AUGACCUCUCCCACUGCAGAGAAUAAAUCUCAGAGUAGUUUAGAAGAUGAACACAGAACGGAAUCGAACUUAUUUUGGGGGUUGAGAUUCAUGCUAAUCCAAUUCACUCAGCAAAUCUUCGCAGGACUUCUAACCAUACUGCAUGUGUUUAAAUUAUCCCAGAUAUCUUCUAUCGAGCCUCCUUCCACGCCCGCGAAUGUCGACGAAGGUGACCAAAGUGUGACCACUAUUGAUACGACGCGUGUCCCUUCACCAGAGCCAUCUCUUACUUCACCGCCAACCCCUCCGGAGCCAACGACGAAAAAUUCUCAGACACAACCUGAGACAAAGGAGACCACUUCAAAUAGAAUUAUACACGUAAUCGAUAUGCCAGUAGCCACACAAACUGGAACAUCCUAUCCUGGUGGUAUCAAAGCAUACUACCAGGCCAAAAUUGAAGCUGCAGAGCUUACAAUUAACGAAAGGACACAAAAUUUGAGGAGAUUGGAGGCACAAAGGAAUGCUCUAAAUGCUAGAGUGCGAUUGUUGAGAGAAGAGUUACAACUCUUAAUGGAACCCGGAAGUUAUGUCGGGGAGGUCGUCAAAGCCAUGGGAAAGACCAAAGUUUUGGUAAAAGUGCAGCCUGAGGGCAAGUACAUUGUCGAUAUCGAUCCUGAAAUCGAUGUAAACAAGCUCACUCCGAACUUGCGUGUUGCUCUGCGUUCCGACAACUAUUUGCUUCACAAGAUACUUCCCAACAAGGUUGACCCUCUGGUAUCUCUCAUGAUGGUGGAGAAGGUGCCAGAUUCGACAUAUGAAAUGGUAGGAGGUCUGGACAAACAAAUCAAGGAAAUUAAGGAGGUGAUCGAACUUCCCGUUAAACACCCAGAACUAUUUGAAUCGCUUGGUAUUGCUCAGCCCAAGGGCGUUCUGCUAUACGGACCCCCCGGGACAGGCAAGACACUGUUGGCCAGAGCUGUCGCGCAUCAUACCGACUGCAGGUUCAUCAGGGUCAGCGGAAGCGAGUUGGUACAGAAAUAUAUCGGAGAAGGUAGUAGGAUGGUCCGUGAAUUGUUCGUAAUGGCAAGGGAGCAUGCCCCUAGUAUCAUCUUCAUGGAUGAAAUCGAUUCCAUCGGAAGUUCUCGGGGAGAAGGAGGAGGUUCCAAUGGAGACAGUGAAGUACAACGUACAAUGUUGGAGCUUCUUAAUCAACUUGAUGGGUUUGAAGCGACCAAAAAUAUCAAGGUAAAUAUUCAGAAUUGUCACACUGUAUGUCGGCUAAAGUCCUGUUCCUAG